AUGGAGGUUUUCAUGGAUGAUUUCUCAGUAUAUGGUUCUUCCUUUGAAUCAUGUUUGGGAAAUCUUGGAAGAGUGCUACAGAGAUGUGAAGACAAGCACCUAGUUCUAAAUUGGGAGAAGUGCCACUUUAUGGUUAGAGAUGGAAUAGUGCUUGGACAUAGAAUCUCAGAGAGAGGCAUAGAAGUUGACAAAGCCAAGAUUGAAGUAAUGACAAACCUUCAGCCGCCCAAGACAGUUAAAGAUAUCAGAAGCUUCCUAGGACAUGCUGGUUCUACAGGAGAGGAGUGUCACAAGGCUUUCACUAAGAUCAAAGAUGCAUUGGUCAGUGCGCCAGUGGUUCAACCUCCAAACUGGGAACUACCUUUUGAGAUAAUGUGUGAUGCAAGUGAUUAUGCAGUAGGAGCAGUGCUUGGGACAAAGAAAAGACAAGAAGCUACAUGUGAUCUAUUAUGCCAGCAGAACGCUUGA